UUUCUUACCCGGUUCCUUCCAGUCGCAGGCAGCUUUACAAGAGACCGCGAGGCCCACCCACAAGCGUCGCGCAAUCGUUUCUACGUGUGUCUUAAGCCUCUCAACGCCUCUUUACAGAGACGCAGAGAACGAAAAAAAUAGAUAAAAUUAGAUACUACCUUUGAUUCCUCUGUUCCGAUUCCUUUCUUCUUAAUGUAACUGAUACUACUUUUUCAAAUUAAAGAAACAUUUCCAGCGACUUAAACGAAUUAAACUUGGGGUUUCUUUGUUUUGCAACGUUGACGUUUGUGGAAGAUGAAAAACGAAGAUCAAGCGAGGUCCCUGUUUGGGAUUUCGCUCACUGAUCGACCCAAAUGGCAGCAGUUUCUCAUUUGCUCUUCUGGGUUUUUCUUUGGCUACCUUGUUAAUGGCGUUUGCGAGGAAUAUGUGUAUAAUCGUCUUAAAUUCAGUUAUGGGUGGUACUUCACAUUUGUGCAAGGCUUUGUUUAUCUGGCUCUCAUUUAUCUCCAAGGGUUCACAACCAAGCAAAUGGUUAACCCAUGGAAGACAUAUGUGAAGCUCUCAGCUGUUCUUAUGGGAUCUCAUGGCUUAACCAAAGGAUCCUUGGCUUUUCUGAAUUAUCCAGCACAAAUUAUGUUCAAAUCUACCAAGGUGCUUCCUGUUAUGAUAAUGGGAGCCUUCAUUCCUGGGUUGAGAAGGAAAUACCCUCUUCAUGAGUAUAUCUCUGCUCUUCUAUUAGUGAUUGGAUUGAUUCUCUUCACCUUAGCAGAUGCACAGACUUCUCCAAAUUUCAGUAUAUUUGGUGUUGUUAUGAUAAGCGGCGCUCUUGUUAUGGACGCCUUUCUUGGAAAUUUGCAGGAAGCCAUUUUUACUAUGAAUCCUGAUACUACACAGACCGAGAUGUUGUUUUGCUCGACCGUAGUUGGCCUCCCUUUCUUAGUAGUACCGAUGGUGCUAACGGGAGAGCUCUUUCGUGCCUGGACUUCCUGUGCUGAACACCCGUAUGUCUACGGAGUCUUGGUGUUCGAAGCCAUGGCGACGUUCGUUGGUCAAGUGUCGGUUCUGUCUCUAAUUGCCAUUUUUGGCGCUGCCACAACCGCAAUGAUAACAACAGCAAGAAAAGCAGUGACUCUUCUACUUUCAUACCUGAUAUUCACCAAGCCAAUGACAGAACAGCAUGGGAGUGGGUUGCUGCUUAUAGCCAUGGGAAUUGUACUGAAGAUGUUGCCUGACAGUAAGUUGCCUUCAAGAACACCAAAAUCAGCACACAGAGAAGAAGAUGAGAAGGGAAAAACACAAGAUGAAGAGAAGAGGCCAUUGGUUUGAAUAUAUAUAAUCCUUUAAUGGAGAGUUCUUUCAGUCUGUUCAUCAAUAAAGAGCUGUUUUAGAUUUUUUUUUUUUUU